AUAGCAUCUUAUCUAUGCGGUUAACUAAUGAGAAUGAUGCAAGUCGAAGACUGAAAUCUGAGUUCUUGGUCCAGUUUGAUGGAGUGGCCUCAAACCCUAAUGAUUUAGUAAUUGUUAUAGGUGCAACUAACAAGCCUCAGGAGCUGGAUGAUGCUGUUCUUAGAAGAUUGGUAAAGAGAAUAUACGUACCUCUACCGGAUGAAAAUGUUAGGAGAUUACUUCUCAAAAAUCAACUCAAAGGUCAAGCAUUUUCACUUCCUGGUAGAGAUCUGGAGAGACUUGUUAAGGAGACUGAAGGGUAUUCUGGAAGUGAUUUGCAAGCGCUAUGUGAAGAAGCUGCAAUGAUGCCAAUCAGAGAACUAGGUCCAAAGCAUAUUCUUACCGUAAAACCGAAUCAGUUGCGACCUCUGAGAUAUGAAGACUUUAAGAAUGCAAUGGUGGUUAUUAGACCAAGCUUACAGAAGAGCAGGUGGGAAGAGCUUGAACAAUGGAACAAGGAAUUUGGUUCGAAUUGAAGCUUUUUUCUCUACUGUUCAGCUCAGCUAUUUCACUUCCUCACAAAGAUGGCCGCUGUGGAAACCUUUCCAAGUAACCAUGAAAAGUGAUGUAACAACAUCUGGGUGAUCAAAUUGUAUGAUUAUUAGCAAAUACAGAGCAAUAUUCAUGUAUAUAUUGUAAUUUACAGGCUCAGGAAACAUUCAAUAAAGAACAUGUUUAGUA